UCUGCCUUGUUCCUUGCACCAGCUCACCUGACCACCAUGCUUCGUGCUGUUGUUAUUGCUGCUCUCCUAGCCGUGUGUUCGACACAGUUGGCGAACAUAUUUGGCCGCUACUCCUGUCGUUAUGUCAAAAACAGGGACUGCGAUAACGAGCGGGAGCAUGAAGAAUGUGCCACUGACGGCGUCACGUACAGAAACUUGUGCGCGUUCACCAAGGCCCGUUGUGGUGGAAAGGAUAUUGACAUCGCUUUCCGUGGGAAAUGUGACAACCGCCCAACGACUGGUGGACAAGGAAUAACAGGGGAGGAGGCAGUUCUCGACUACUUCUGUGUCGAAUUGUCUCACCAGAGUUGUCCUAACGACACCGAGACACUGUGUGGUACCGACGGCAAGACCUACGCCAAUGUGUGUGAAUACGAGAAGACCAAGUGUACCCACCGCGAUCUCCACGUAGCUGACUUUGGCGCCUGUUCAAGCUAGGUAAGGUAAGAGUGAAUGAAAACAGUGACUUGCAGUCUUCGGCGUCUAGUGCUGCAGUUCGAAACAAAACACAGUCUUGAAUAAAGCUUGGCUAUAGAAUUAAAGCCUGAUAUAAAA